UUCAGAUCCACGACACCUCGACUGUACAUGGGCCGUAAUAUCAGGAACGCAAAGCAGGGUGAAGACACGAAAAAGAUCUCGAAUUCCACGACCACUGAUCCGACAUCGCUCUUCCUCCUCUCCCCAAUUCCGGGACCAGUUCCAGACCCAGCUGCGACUUCCUUUCCUGCCCAGCUCCACGACCGAUCGAGAGGCACGCGCAAGAUGCCGAGGCCCGCGCGCGCGCCGCUGCUCCGGCGCCUGCUCCUCCUGGCGGCCGUCGCGGCGUCCUGCUCCUACUACCUCCUCUUCCUGCAGGCGCAGGCCUCCGUCCCGCCGCGGUACGACGGGUUCGCCUACGGCGGCGGCGCCGCGGCGGCCUGGAAGGACGCCGUCCUCGUCGAGGCGUUUCUCGACCCGCUCUGCCCCGACAGCCGCGACUCCUGGCACCCGCUCAAGCUCGCCAUCGAGCGAUACGCGCCGCGGGUCUCACUCAUCGUCCACCCCUUCCCGCUACCAUACCACACAUAUGCAUUCCAUGCCUGCCGUGCGCUUUACAUAGCUAACAAGUUGAAUUCAUCAUCAACAUAUCCAUUGCUGGAGCUGUUCUUCAAGAACCAGGAAAAGUUCUACAAUUCUGCCACAUCAUCGCUCUCAAGCCCUUCUGUAGCUGUAGAAAUGUCGAAGAUGGCUGCGCAGACUGUUGGUAAUUCAGUAUCCGAGUUCCUGUCAGGCUUCAGUGACACGAAGACAGAUUCGGCAGCGAGAGUUUCUUUCAAGUAUGGGUGCACGAGGGGAGUUUAUGGCGCGCCAUUCUUCUUUGUGAAUGGUUUCCUUCAGCCUGGGGGUGGAUCGCCUAUCGACUACAGCACAUGGAUCGGCAUCCUGGACCCCCUUGUUUCCCAGAAUGGAGAACGAAUUGAGAUGUUUACUUCGAUGUAACGUAACUAAGUGCUUGAAGUGGCCUUAUUAUGAAGGAUACAGUCGUACAGAUGUUUUGGCCAGUGCUGAACGGCUGAUAAGCAAACAGCUCUUAUGCCAGUUGUAAGCUCUGCAGUAUACGCUGAUGAAUAUCAUACCACUUUGCCUGUUGUAUUGUUAAGCUAGCAUUUGUGUGAGACUGGCUAAACUAAUGGAUAAAGCCCUUGCAUAUAGGGUUAUAGGAGCCUGCAAUAUGUUAAACUUCGUAUAAUCCCGUAUUCCAACCA